AGUCAAACCUGGACAACAUUCGCGAUUAAAAAUGGCAGCGCCCAUGUAGACUGACUAUUAUUACAAUUCAAAUUUUAAGAGUUGUUUUCGUGAAAAGAACUAUCCUGUCAUCAUGUCGGAUGCUUCGUGGAGCGACAUCACCGCUCUUAAAAACAGGCAGAGCAGCCUGAGAGCGAAAAUGCUUGAAAGACGCAAGCAAAGAGAAGGCUUAGCUGCCGAACUAACAAGUAGUGGAGGAGCUCCCACAAUUGUUCCUGCUGUUCCAGGCAUUGCUGGGCCGGCCGCGGUGCCCGCAGGAGAGCAAUUUAUGCCGAUUGGUGGGAAGAGUUUGAUCAAGUCGACACCAGCCAGUUCGAGUCCAGUUCCCAUGAAGCCAGAGCCAUUGAAGGAACCAGUCAAAGUUGACCCAGAAGUUGAGAAAAAGUUGUUGAUGGUGUUAUGUGACAUCAGUCUUGACAUUCCUUCAGAUUCUAAGGUGAUUGUGGAGCACACCUCUCGGCUGAUGGAACGAGAAGUCGAUUUGGCUCUAGUGGAACAGCUACUGUGCAAGUUGGCAACCCAGAAAUUUAUCAGCAUCAUCAAAUCAGAAGGCAAUGGGAGUCUGAUUGUAAACUCACUGGAUUUGAGCAAGCUAUCUUCCGUAACGACAGGGCAGAGCAGAAAACGGAAGCGUGACAGUGAUGAUGAGGAAGAAGAUGAUUCAAGCUCAAGACAGACAAAGACCUCGACAGCCCCAGAAUCAGGGGACAUCGAGAGUUUGCUGUCUAUGCAGUCGACUAAAGAACGGGAGGAGAAAAAGCUCAAUGAAGAAAUCCAGGCCUUACUUGUUACUCAGACAGCAAAGGAGCAGUACUUGGUGGAAAAAUUCAAGUCUAGAGGAGGACCGCAGUUACAAGAGUUCUGCCAGUAUGGGACCAGAGAGGAGUGCCAGAGAACAGGGCCGGAGGGUGUCAACUGCAAGCGGCUGCAUUUCAAGAAGAUUAUCAAGAAACACACAGAUGAGUCUCUAGGCGACUGUUCCUUUCUGAACACCUGUUUCCACAUGGAUACGUGUAAAUAUGUCCACUACGAGAUUGACUACCCUGAGCAAAGGUUUCCUUCGACUGACCUCAUGAAAAAAGAAGCUGCAUUGGGAAAAAUGCCGUCAGAGAUUGGGGAUGAUGGAAGUGUACAGAUGUUCCCCCCGCAGUGGAUCCAGUGUGACUUGCGUUACUUUGACAUGUCUACGCUGGGCAAGUGUGCUGUGGUGAUGGCUGACCCCCCCUGGGACAUCCACAUGGAACUUCCGUACGGCACCAUGGAGGACAACGAGAUGAGGAGGCUGGACAUACCUGGACUGCAGGACGAGGGCUUCAUCUUUCUCUGGGUCACUGGGAGGGCUAUGGAGCUGGGCAGAGAGUGCUUAGAGCUGUGGGGGUAUAAGCGGGUGGACGAAAUCAUCUGGGUGAAGACCAAUCAGCUGCAGAGAAUUAUUCGCACUGGCCGUACAGGGCAUUGGAUCAAUCAUGGCAAAGAGCACUGCUUGGUCGGUGUGAAGGGCAACCCAAAGGGAGUGAACAAAGGCAUGGACUGUGAUGUCAUCGUAGCUGAGGUUCGCGCUACAAGUCACAAGCCAGAUGAGAUCUAUGGCAUCAUAGAGCGAUUGUCUCCUGGCACUCGCAAAGUGGAAUUGUUCGGUCGACCUCACAAUGUGCAACCCAACUGGAUCACUUUAGGCAACCAAGUGGAAGGCGUUCGUCUCAAGGAUCCGGAUAUUGUCAAGUUGUUCAGAGAGAAAUAUCCUGAUGGCAACUGCAUGGUACCUCCGCAGAACAGAUGAGGGAGUGAAAUAAGGCUGCUACUUGAAUGGGGACUCAGAUGUUUUCUUGGAAAAGAUGAGACAUAGAAAUGACACAGCUUGUAUUUGUCAAAAGUACUGGUGUAUGGACUAAUGCGAAGGUUCUUCAGUGUUUUUAUCUUGUCUCAGCCAAAAAACUAAAGGAUUCCUUUGGUGGAAGUGUAAAGCAACAAACGAAACCCUCAUCAUUGUUUACUUUACACUUGACUUAUUGAGAGUCUUCUUCGGUCCAUCCUGGUCUGUGGAUUUUAAACAAAUUGUAAAACAAUUUGAAAGCUCUUUCUCAGAUGUGUCCAACAGAACGAUGGAGAAAUUACUUAAGCUGAUGAGUUUUGUAAUACAAUGGGCAGAACAAGUUUCAUUCCCUUCCGUUAUUUAGAAUUUUGGCGAGGAAAAGUUUGUUAUUUUGUGCAGUGAUGAACAGACUUCAGUUGUAAAAUUUGAAAUGGAACUGAACAGUAGUGUACUUCCAGCAAUGAGUGGGAUAUUCUGGGCUUUUAUUGAAUGUGGACAACGUGCGAGGUGUGUGAACUUGAUUGAGAUUAUACGUCUCUAGGUCUUAAAGUGAUUUUUGUGGUGGAAGAGAUGAAAUUGUUCUAUUAUUGUGUUUUGUAUAAAGACGACUUUGGAUUUAUAGCUCAAUGUUUUUCUUUUGAUCAAAAUGGUAGUAAUGUUGGACAUUUUAUGUUUUCACAUGCUACCUUUUAAGAUGAAAGGCUUUUUUUCUCCAGUGAGUUAUGGGUUUGGGUUUUCAUCACUACUGUGAUGACAGAAGUACUAUGAACAUGAAGUUCCUUAGAAUGUUUAAUUGAUUUGCCGCUAGACAAAAAAAAAAGGAAAUGAUUGUCUAACAUUUCCACAGUGUUGACAAUAGAUUGUUGAUUGGGGCUUUUGCAUUUUUUUGUCAUGGUUUCAUGAAAAGCAGGAACAGUUGUUGUACUGUGAGCUCUUUUUACCAGUUUAAAUCAGAAUGACUGAGUUUGCAAGUCCUUUGUUGAAGAUAAUUUUCUACGAAAUGUAUCGAUGUUGUUUUAUGGAGCUCAGGAUAUUCAUGAUGUUUCUCUCUUACGUUAUAUCAACCUCAUUGACUUAUUCAUAGCCUAUGUUUCUGUUUUGCUUUGCAAUACGUGCAUUUAGAACUUUUCGUCACAAAAUUCUGAUUUUACUUACGCCAUGUUUGGUAACCUGCUAGGCAGGAUUACUGUAGUGACAGUCAAGGAACAUUUCUAUUUCCAAUGACUGUGUUUAUUGUCAAGUUCUUUAUCGUCAUAUUGUGAUAAAGAUGAAAUUGAAGGGUACUACCUGCUUAUAUGACUUGGUGUUUUCAAUAACGUAUUAUAAUGAUUUUUAACUCUAUAACCGGGAAAAUAUUUUCCUCGCUUUGACGGAAUUUUUUUCCAGAUCUCUUGAAAUACAUAAUGGGGUAUACAUGAAAAAUGUUCAUAACAUUGCUGAAACUGUGUCAAAGGGAAAGAGGAAGUAGUUUGUAUAUUUAUCAAACUUCUCUGAUAGUUUGUAUAUUUAUCAAACUUCUCUGGGUCAAAAUAAAUCUGCUAGAAUUUGUAAGAGAUUGAAUUAGCCAGUAUUCCUUUGUGCCCUCUGCGAUCUGAUCAGACGCUGGGACCGCCCACUCUGAGACUGGGUGAGUUUCACUGCACACUCCCAUCAUCCCCUCAGGGUAAUUGAGUGAACUCCCAAGUCAUACGACAGUACUCAGAGAAUGUGGCAGCAUCAAAGUGAAUGUUUCUGACUUGGUAGGAAAAGAUAAUAAGUUAACUAGAAUACAUAAUGAGAUGCUGUUUCUUUUGAGAGAAGCAGCUACCUUCGAGGAAUAUUUGUGUUGUGUCAGAGAGAUGAAUUUCAUGUAAUUAAUAUCUUGUUCUGGUUUGCGCAUGUAGGCUAUCUGUCUGUGUGUUGCUAUUGUUCAGUGAUAAAAAUACACCUCAGAGUAGAGUUUAUGGUUUGGCCCAAGGGUGGUAAAUCCCAUCAAACAUUUACCUUUCACAAUGAAUAAUAUGAAAAUUAACUCCAGAAUAUUUUUCACCAACACAUAAAAAUAGUCUUCCGAUUUUUUUGUUCUGUCCUUUUUAUUAGUUAGUUCCCGAAGGAACAAGUAGUUAUUUCACAGACAGUAUUUAGUCAAAAUUGUACAGACUUUCCACAUUUAUCAUACAUUUUCAUAUGUGUAUUUCUCGUGUGUUCAAUUCAUUUCAAACAUGUAAACGAUUCCUGAGAUCAUACAUUUACAUAAUGCAAAAUUCUAACUCACUUCGUGAUGAUGAAUUUAUGUAUAAACACAUUUCAUGUCUUUGUAAUGAUAUUAAAUUGAUGAAUUCGUCUC